AUGCCUAAGAAGUCGAAAUCCAAGCACCCCAAAGAGGGAGAAGGGGGAAAAGAACCUAGAAAGAAGAAGAGCAAGGACAAGAAGAAGAAGGAGAAGAAAGAGAAGAAGCCAAAAAAGUCGUCUAAAGUGGAGCAAAAAGGUAAGGCGGGCGGCUUCGGUAGUAGGUUCAAGAAGUCGAAAUCGACGGAUAAAAAGAAAAAGGGAUCGACAUCGGAGGAGAAACAGUCUGGCAGUUCGAUGUCGAAUGUUCAGAGCACAGAUACAGGUACAGGACCCGGAGGUCCUACAGAAACUGACCCCGCAAAAAAAUUAGAAGAAGGGAAGAAGCCUGACGGUGCAUUACAGCCACCUCAGGGUACUGAUACCGCUCCAGGAGCAGGCACUGCCACGGGAACCGCGCCUCCUGCAGGAGCUGAAGCAGGUACAGGAACAGGCACUGGUACUGGCGCUGCUCCUGCAGGUGCCGAUGCUGCCGCGGGAAGCGGCACAGGUACUGGCGCUGCCCCUGCUGGCGCUGCCCCUGCAGGAGCUGACGCAGCCGCAGCAACCGGCACUGGUACUGGUGCUGCUCCGGCAGGAAACGACGCUACUGCGACAAGCGGUACUGCACAAGAAGAAGCUCAAAAGAAAGUCGAUGCAGCAGGUGGCGAAAAAGGGCCGAAAGAAGGAUCGAAAAAGAGUGGCAAAGGUUCGAAGAAGAGCGGUAAAGGCUCUAAGAAAAGUGGCAAGGGUUCGAAAAAAGGCGAAAAUGAACCGAAGGAAGCUGAGGAGAAAAAGAAGGGCGCUGAAGUUCGGAAAAGUAAAAGUAAGCAGGGUAUAAUGAAACCAAUAACAGAUCUUGUGCAGAAGGUAAAAGGUAAGACAAAGAGGGAUCAUGCGAAGAAGUCGGCGGAACAUGCGUCGAGAGAGGAAAAGAAAACAUCCAGCAAAGAAGGCAUUGAUAAACCGGACAUGCUAUGCUCACACUGGCCUCGGGCCGCAUCGAAGAAAGACGUUUCUCGCAUAAUUGCGGUCAUUCGUUCCGCUGAGAGAGUCGACCGAGUGUUUGGAGCAGAUUGGACACGUACAGAGGCACCGCAUGGAUAUGUGAGUCUCCUGUUCUACACCUCACUGGAUGUUGGCUUGAACUCGAAGGAAUUACUGGGCAUUUGUUUUCUAGCAGAUACUGAUAAGUGA